AUGAGUGUCGACCACGCUGGGUGUGUGGUGAUGAAUGCAGACGGGCCUGCUGCAGCGGCCCGCUUCGAGGGUGGCAGCGGCAUUGCCAACAACAGCAGCAGCACCAGCAGCAGCAAUGGUGAUGACGACGGCAGUGUCGCGGCAGUGUUUAGGCGGCAUCGGUUCCCGUUCGAUGCCCCUGCGGUGGAGCGGCUCUUUUGCGUUACUGCACAGUUGCUGAUGCCGCUCGAGGAGGAGGUGAAGGAGAGUGCUGCGCACCUUGGGGCUGCUGCUGCAAGCACCCCCGCCAGCAGUGGCAACAACGGGAAGAAUAGUGCAGGCGAUGAUACGGAGGACGCAUCGAUGUUGUUGCAGGCCCUUCUGCAGCGGCGCCGUGAAAUGCAGCGGCGCCUCGCCGAGCAACGCAGGUUGCAGGCGAUGGUGGCGCAGCUGCGCGAAGAGAAGGAGGCGUUGGAACAACGUGGCCUUGCGGGAUUGGUGCGUGCCGCGCAGCAGGUGUUCCACACCCAAGUUUGUGCGUCUGCCUCAACACAACCGACUGCGACAAGGGUGGGCGACCGUAUGGAUGCGCACGUCUCGGGUUCCGGCGCGGACUUGCAGCAUCAGCAGCGCACGGGAGGACCAGCAGCAGCGCGUCCCAUGUCCGCGCAGAGCCGGCGGGAGGCGGAGUACCUUUUGCACGUGCUGCAGGCCGCCCACCACGAGGCGCAGCGGUGGCAAGACCGCUGUGCGGUGCUGCAGGCUGAACUAGGCACCACGGAGUCGCAGAGACAGCAGCAGCAGCAACGGCUUGUGGAGCUUGGUGCGGAGCUGGACGCCCUGCGCCUGGCGUUGGAGGAGGAGCAGCGGGACAAGUUGGCGCUGCAGCAUGAACUCCAUUAUAUCUGUCGCCUCGAGGAUACAGCGGCACAGCACCAUCAAGUCCACAGGCAAGAAGAAGAAGAACAACAACAACAACAGCAGCAAGAGCAAGAGCACGAGGACGAACAAGGUGAGGAGGAGGAGGUGGUGGUGGCAGCCGUUUGCUUGAUUCCUGACGGCGCGGAGAGUCACGGCAACGCGGACAAGGAUGUGCCCUCUGCGGCGAGACGCGUGCCGAUGUCCCCGUCCCCGAAGGUCCCCGCCUUCUCGCCGGUCGCCUUCGCUGCGUUUUCGCCACGCGAAAGUGACUUGGAGCGACUGGCCCGCGAGGACGCGGUGGCAGCGCCGCUGCUGCCGGAAGCGGCACGGCGCGGCAGU